GCUGAAGGUGUCCCAUCUUCCCCCACCCUACUGUAUUACAAGGCCAAAGGAGAAUUAUUAUGUAGUGGUACUAAGACCGAGAAUCGAACCCAGAGCCUCAAAACUUCAUUCGUCCAUUUUAGAAAGUGGAAUCCCCACAAAACUAUCUUACGCUGUUUAAAUUAAAUUCACGAAUUAUUGUUUCUUUAGGAAAUUUCAUCAAUCGCUAUUAAGAUGUUUUGUUUAUUACGUCAUCACUUGUGAUAAUGGAACGCGACAGAGGGAAUAUUCUGUUUCGCGAACACGGCGAUUAUAGAGGGAUUCUACAAUUACCAAUAUAUCAGAACUUUAGAAUGCAAGAAAAUGGAAGUGCGUUUGACGCUACUGUGACGUCACAACACGAAGCGCGGUCGUCGUCGCCACCGGAAGUCGAACAAUCGGAAGAAAUUCCGGAAAAUAAAAUUUCCUCAUUUCGGAUUGAUGAUAUUCUAAACGCCCGCGAAAACUCUGAAAGAAAAUUCCGAACAUAUCCGAAACAGAAAUCCGAAAUCAUCCGACGACGAGAGGAUCGUUCGUCAUCAGAAAGCUUGGAGGAUGUGACGUCACAGAAUCCAGUGACGUCACAAAUCUCGCUGAACCUUCGGUUUGGAGUCGACGCCAUUUUGUCUCCAGGUUCCCAUUCUGUUACGUCAUUGGAAAACGACCGAAAACGAAAAAAUUCUCCGGGAUUAUUUUUUCGGAAAAAUUCAGAAGAAACGGGAAACGCACGGGAACACUUCAGUGACGUGGAGCGACGUACAAGCUCGAACGACCAACGGUCGUUCAGACCCGUUAGUUACCGACGUCAUAGCGACGAUGACGUCACAGAAGACGAUUCAAAAACAAACAAAACAUUUAGCGCCUCAUGCUCACAUUAUGGGUCCCAAGUCGAAAGGGUCCCAUCGCCUCUUGACCCGAACAGGUUUUUCUCUCUCUCCUCAUUGGGUGGAAUUUCACCUUUAACCCCUCUCUCACCCCACCUAGCGGUUUUGUAUCAACAGUAUUCCAACAACCAAGCCAACCUACUCGCUGCGGCAGUAUUAGCACAACAACAACAACAACUUUAUCUACAACAACAACAAAUACCAUCAGCAUCCACUGUAUCAUAUGACAAUAUAUCAGAUUAUCUUCCCAACUUACAUGGAAUCCUCUCCAACGCCGGUUAUCUUUACUCGCAGUCCAAACUACCCUCUCGUAAACCAUCAAGCUCUGGCCCAUCUUACCUCGUCGACCCCCAAAUAAAGCCCACCACCCCUCCAUUGCUAUCGGCAACCGGGGGCGCAGCGAUACGAAGACACUCGAUGUCGCUAGCGAGGUUCAACCACCAGGCGUACGAUAAUGUAUCUGGGCUACCGGUUUAUCUUCGAAGGGAAGCGUCGAGUCCGAGCGAUAACUCAAAUAAUGGGGUGAGAACCUGUGGGAAAAGACACGAAGUCGAAGAAAUGUCGCCGCAGUAG